AUGCUAAAAUACCUGCUCGAUAUGCUUGGCCACAAUAAAUUGUGGAGACGGCCAUGCAAUUUUUACAGCAGAAUGUUCCCAUUCCUUCCAUUUUCACUGCGUUGUUUCAAAUCUCCCGAGCCUGCAAUCUUUGAUGAUGAUGAAUCCAUUGAGGGAAGCUCGUCAUACACAAAGAUUGCAAAUAAUGACUUUCAAAGGAAUAUAAAGAUCAACACAUAUACUGAAGUUCCUGCAGUCCCACGAACUGAGGCUAACUUGCCACAAAUCUCUCGAAUUCCCCGUGCACCCGUUGAUCUUGUCACAGUACUUGACACGAGUGGGAGUAUGGCAGGGACUAAGCUUGCCUUGCUGAAGCGAGCCAUGGGAUUCGUAAUACAGAAUCUUGGCCCGAAUGAUCGGCUUUCAGUAGUUGCUUUCUCUUCAACAGCCCGCCGCCUUUUCCCACUCCGGAGAAUGUCUGACACAGGAAAGCAGCAAGCAUUGCAAGCUGUUAACUCUUUAGUUGCAAAUGGUGGAACAAACAUUGCUGAGGGCCUCAGAAAGGGUGCCAAAGUGAUGGAAGACCGAAGGGAGAAGAACCCCGUUUCCAUUCUGGUUCCACCCAGCAACAACCAAUUACCAGUUGCUCCUUCCCUGUCCAUCCAGGGAAAUAAUGGUGCAACAUUUAAGAUCCCAGUGCAUGCUUUUGGUUUUGGUUCGGAUCAUGAUGCUUCAUUGAUGCAUUCAAUUUCUGAGAUUUCAGGAGGGACCUUCUCUUUCAUUGAGACAGAAGCAGUGAUUCAGGAUGCUUUUGCACAGUGCAUUGGGGGGCUGCUUAGCGUCGUGGUAAAGGAGCUGCGAGUUUGCAUGGAGUGUAUCCAUCCUACUCUCAGCUUAGGCUCCUUAAGAGCUGGGAGUUAUCCAAACCAUGUGAUGCCUGAUCGACGGGCAGGUUGGAUUUGUGUUGGAGAUCUAUAUGCUGAUGAAGAGAGAAAUUUUCUCAUUUCAGUCAAUGUACCUAAAGACCUUUCAGGAAAUGAAAUGUCUCUGUUAAAGGUGAGAUGUGUUUACAAUGAUCCCUUGACGAAAGAAAAGGUAACUUUGGAAGGUGAAGAAGUUAAUAUCAAGAGACCUGAAGUAGCUGGCAAAGAGUUGGUGUCAAUAGAAGUGGACAGGCAGAUGAACAGGCUUCAAGCAGCCGAUGCAAUGGCACAAGCACGGACAGCAGCAGAGCAGGGAGACCUGACCCGUGCAGUUUCUAUACUUGAGAGCUGCCGGCAGGUAUUGUCAAAAACUGCAUCAGCUAAAUCCUGUGACUGGCUAUGUAUUGCCCUGGAUGCUGAACUGAAAGAGAUGCAGGAGAGGAUGACAAGUAGGCAUGUGUAUGAGGUAUCUGGAAGAGCUUAUGUCCUUUCAGGAUUGAGCUCACACUCAUGGCAGAGAGCAACAGCACGGGUAAUUCCACAGAUAGUUCGAGUCUCAUUCAAGCCUAUCAACCCCUUCCAUGGUUGA